AAGAAACUUAUUGAAAUAUUUAUCGAAAAUAAUUAUGAAUUUAAAUCACGAGAAAAUUGUUCAAAACUUUUAAAUGUGGAAGUGUCAUAAAUGUGGAAAACCGGUGUUCUUUGCUGAACGGAAGGUUUCAAUCGGGAAAGAUUGGCAUCCAGAAUGUUUAAGGUGCGCUGAAUGUGGGAAACGAUUGAACUCAGGUGCUCACGCUGAACAUAAAAGCAUUCCCUACUGCCAUGUGCCUUGUUAUGCAGCAUUAUUUGGGCCACAAUUAUUUGGUCACGGCACAAGAGUAGAAUCUCAUAAAAGCUAUGGCAUUCCUAAUGCCAAUAUUCAGAAACAGCUUGCAUUGCCCAAAGAACAUCUUGAAGCCAAGCUCAAAAAUUUUAACGAUUACUAUGAUAAGAAAAGUCAAAAAAUUAAGAGCAGAGAGGUCAAUGGACGUUUGGUAUUUGAAGGUCCUUUAAGAGUGUAUUGGGGCAUUGAAGGUAUAAUUCAUUUAAAAGAAGAUUGCGACCAAAGAACUGUUGUUCUCGUAAGAAAGCGUAAUUCGUGGAGGACAAUGAAAGACUUAUCCUCUGACAAAGUACCAUUGAUAAAUACAAGUUCUAUGACUACUUCAAAUUCAUCUGUGACUAUGACUGAUGAAAACGAUACAACAGUCUCUGAAAGUAUAUCAUAUGAUACUUUGAGUUUUGCAUCAGAUAUACAAUCAAUGAGCUCUAUUGAAAAUUCACCAUCACAUAUUUUCAAACCAGCAAUAAAAUCUGACAGUAAUGAAGAAGACAAAAAAUUACAUCAAUCUAAAAACUCAAAUUUAUCUGUAGCGUCUGAAGAAAACAGUGUGUAUAAAACAUUGAGUGAUUCAUUUUUGUCAUCAUGUAAUGAAGAUGUAUCUGAUAUUUCAGAGGAAAAUGUUGAAUCUCCAUUAAGUUUGUCUGAAGAUUAUGCAACGCCUCAGAGUACUUUAAAGUCGGUUGAUUACGAAAAUUUCCAAAAUCACAUCGAAAAAGAAUAUAUUCACCAAGCUAAUUUAAUGUCAAAGAAUAAUAAUGGCACUCUUAAAACAAAUCAACCAAUAGAUGCGUCAAGAAUCAAUGAUUCUCUUAAACUAUAUGGCGAUAGUGUUAUGACGAAAAGUAUUUCUGAAUCCACACCUAUACAAGUACUAGCACUUCCAAAAGCUAAUUUAAUUAGUGGAAUACUAGAUGCUGGUAAAAUAAAUGAUACUUUUGAUCGUUUGAAAACUAGUCUAGAUGGUGACCAUGACAUGAGAGAACUAAAAAUGCAACGUGAAUUAGAUUUAUCGCUUUUAAGACAUGAAUUACAAAAGUAUGAACAAAAUAUUAAUAUUGAUACAGAUACUUCUACCACGCCAGAUGAAGAUUAUGGUUGCACAAAAUUUUCUAAUGGAUUUGACAGUAAUGAUGAUAGUGAUACCGACACGCUAAAAGCAAAUAAUAUGAAUUUUAAAGAUUGUAAAAUAACAGAAUACAACAACAACACGGAAAAUCAAAAUAUUGAAAACAGCUUUGUGGAACAUACAAAAGGAUACAUAAACGAAGAUGGUGUGGUGUUAAGAAAACCGCCUAAAAUUGGAUCUACAGCCAUUAAAAGACGAUCUGGAAAUCGUCGUUCGCGUAUGAAGCUUAAAAGAAGAUGUUCUAUCAAUGGCCACUUUUAUAAUCGAGAAACUUCUUUUUUUACACCUCCUCGAGGAAGUCAAAUGAAUGUUUGGAUUACAUCUCUAACCAACACUAAAGAAAUAGUUAAUUUGUUGCUUGAAAAAUACAAAGUCGAAAGCCAGGCGGAAAAUUUUGCUCUUUUUGUUAUCAAAGACAAUGGUGAACAACGUCGCAUAAAAGACGACGAGUUUCCACUAAUAACUCGUAUAAUGUUAGGCCCAUAUGAGGAUGUCGCUAAAAUUUUCUUAAUGGAUUCAAAGGACACUCUUGAAAUCAGUAAUGAAGUAGCUCAAUUUUUAAAUUUGUCGAUAGCAGAACUACAAGCAAUUAUUAAUAAAUUCAAUGAUGAAGAAGAACGUGAAAUGGAAAAAAUAAGAUCAAAAUAUGCAAUUAUACGUCAACAAAUUGAAUCACGAAUGGAAUCACUCAAAAUAAUUUCAUUUUUAGUAUUCAAAUAAUCUUUUCUAGAAAAAAAUACUAGUAGACUUACAUAAUACUUACUCACAUAAAAAAAGGAAAUCAGAAUAUUAUACAAUAAACAAAUUUUAUAUUGCAUCAUCCAAGCUUUGGAUCAGUAUAGGUUUCAAUUUUUGGGCUUUAAAAAUAACACAAUUUAAAAAUGGACAUAUAUUGCAAAAAAUAGUGUUCACAUCACCCAAUUUCAUCAGUUCAUCGACAUGAUAUUUUUGACGAUUUCUGUUAUUUAGGCCUCACUGAAAUCCACUGAAAAUUGUCGAAAUCGCAAAAGCUCAUUCCAGAAUUUUAAAUUUAGUUUUUUUUUAUUUUUUAAGGCCUAACUAACACAAAAUCAUUAAAAGAAUCUAAUGACAAAUUUUUUUUAGAUGAAAUCAGGUGAUGUUUAUUGAACAAUAUUAUUGUUUAAAAUCUAAGCUUCUAACAGAUUCUGUCAAAAAACAAUUCAAAAAUUUGGUAAAACUUAAAAAAAUAUUUAAAAAAUCACCAGAAACUGCCGAAAUUUGAUCUUUCAACUAACCGAGUCGGUUGAUAUCAAAGUUAACCAGUUUCGAUUAGUUUCAAAUAUUCAAAUAUCCGGUUAUCGAGUACUCGAUUUUAGGAGCCUUAUUUUGUUCACUUUUCUUUUACCUGAUUUCUAGAUUAAAACUUUAGAAAUUAUCAAAAUUUUAUAAAAAUGUUUUAAAAGAACAACAAUUUUUAAAAUAUUUUAAAUUGUAUUUUUUACACUGUCAAACACAUUCAAUACACAUUGAAACAAAUUCUGCGAGCCAAAUUUUCACUAUACAGAAUCUGUUUAUUAUAAGGUCCUCCUGGUCAAUUCGUUAAGUAAUAUUACAUAUUUUUAAAACCUUAUAUAAACAUAAAUCAACAGAAUUAAUUGCUUUUAUGGUUUUUGAAUUAUUGUUUUUCUUAGUAUCGAAGAGUGUUUUUAUGUUGGCAAAUGUUAAAACAACAACAAUUUUUUAAAUUUAUAUUUUAAUAAGGCCGCUCCAAAUAAAACUCAAUAGCUUUGUACUGUGCUCCAAAAUUUAAAAUUCAAAAAGUGAGUACUGCAAAAAAACCUUAAAAAUGUCAUCAAAAAUUACCAUUUUUAUUUAAUUUAAUUUAAAAUUUUCUACUAAGCAUUAUGUAUGGAUUUUCGUCUCAAAAAAAUAUGUUUCAUGAUAAUAAUUUUAAAUAUACAAAUAUCAAUGUAUUUAAUAAAACUCAUAAAAACAAGAUAUUGAUUAAUGCAUGAAAAAAGUAUUUCAAAGUAUUUUUUACUAUUGCCCCUCCCUCUAUUAAAAAAAUGGAUAAAACUAUUGAGUUUCAUUUGGAGCGGCCUAAGUAGUAGUAAUAGUAAAUAGGUUAAAUAAAGUAGAGAAAUAAGAAUAAUGAAUAAGAAUAAUAAA